AUGGCUCAGUACAAGGGCGCCGCGAGCGAGGCGGGCCGCGCCAUGCACCUGAUGAAGAAGCGGGAGAAGCAACGUGAGCAAAUGGAGCAGAUGAAGCAGCGGAUCGCUGAGGAGAACAUAAUGAAAUCCAACAUUGACAAGAAGUUUUCUGCACACUACGAUGCCGUAGAGGCGGAGCUCAAGUCCAGCACGGUGGGACUUGUGACCCUGAAUGACAUGAAGGCCAAGCAGGAGGCACUGGUGAAGGAACGGGAGAAGCAACUGGCCAAGAAGGAGCAGUCAAAGGAGUUGCAGCUGAAACUGGAGAGACUUCGAGAGAAGGAGCGCAAGAAGGAGGCCAAGCGGAAGAUCUCCUGCCUGUCCUUCACUGUGGGUGAAGAGGAGGAGGUGGGCGAGGAGCAGGAGGAGAUGGCCAUGUAUGAGGAGGAACUGGAAAGGGAAGAGAUCACCACGAAGAAGAGGAAAUUGGGGAAGAACCCUGAUGUGGACACAAGCUUUUUGCCCGACCGCGACCGCGAGGAGGAGGAGAAUCGGCUCCGGGAAGAGCUGAGGCAAGAAUGGGAAGCCAAGCAGGAGAAGAUCAAAAGCGAGGAGAUUGAAAUCACCUUCAGUUACUGGGAUGGCUCCGGGCACCGGCGGACAGUCAAGAUGAAAAAAGGCAACACCAUGCAGCAGUUCCUGCAGAAAGCGCUCGAGAUCUUGCGCAAAGACUUCAGUGAGCUCAGGUCAGCAGGGGUGGAGCAGCUCAUGUACAUCAAGGAGGACCUAAUCAUACCCCACCACCACAGCUUCUACGAUUUCAUUGUCACCAAGGCACGAGGGAAGAGUGGACCACUCUUUAAUUUCGAUGUCCAUGAUGAUGUGCGGCUGCUCAGUGACGCCACUGUGGAGAAGGACGAGUCACACGCAGGCAAGGUGGUGCUAAGGAGCUGGUACGAGAAGAACAAGCACAUCUUCCCCGCCAGCCGCUGGGAACCCUACGACCCCGAGAAGAAGUGGGACAAGUAUACGAUCCGGUGAAUGCAGAGGUGGACCAGGCUUGCUCACCCUGUUCCUUCCAGUCUACCCACUCCUCCAAUCUGCAGGAUUCCAGACGCCCGGCUUCACCCCUGUUGUGAUGUGACUGAUCAUCCCCUGCCCCUGAUGCUGUCCUUUACUAAAGAAAUGGACAUGUUAGCCUGGCAGGUGUGACUCAGUUGGUUGAGUAUCCUCCCCUGUACCAGGUUGGAUUCCCCCUGGGAGCACAUGCCCAGGUUGUGGGCUUGAACACCAGUAGGGGGUGUGCAGGAGGUA